AUGGAGCCACCGCAACAUCAUCAUCAUCAUCAAGCCGACCAAGAAAGCGGCAACAACAACAACAAGUCCGGCUCUGGUGGUUACACUUGUCGUCAAACCAGCACAAGAUGGACUCCGACCACGGAGCAAAUCAGAAUCCUCAAAGAUCUUUACUACAACAACGGAGUCCGGUCACCAACAGCUGAUCAGAUCCAGAAGAUCUCUGCAAGACUUAGACAGUACGGUAAGAUCGAGGGAAAAAACGUCUUUUACUGGUUUCAGAACCAUAAGGCUCGUGAGCGUCAGAAGAAGAGAUUCAAUGGCACAACCAUGGCCACUACACCAACGUCUUCAUCGCCCAACUCAAGACCGGCUUCUGUCAACGUUAAGCUUGACCAAGAACAUCAUCUGCUUCACCAUAACAAAUCAUAUCCCAGCUUCAAUAACGGGAAUUUAAAUCAUGCAAAUUCAGGUUCUGAAUGUGGUGCUGUUAAUGCUUCUAAUGGCUACAUGAGUAGCCAUGUCUAUGGAUCUAUGGAACAAGAUUGUUCAAUGAGCUACAACAACAUAGGUGGAGGAGGAUGGUCAAACAUGGAUCACAAUCAUCAUUACUCAGCUCCAGCUUACAACUUCUUCGAUAGACCAAAGCCUCUGUUUGGUCUAGAAGGUCAUCAAGAAGAUGACCAAUAUGGUGGUGAUGCUUAUCUGGAACAUAGACGUACACUUCCUCUCUUCCCUAUGCACGGUGAAGAUCACAUCAAUGGUGGUGGUGGUGCCAUCUGGAAGUAUGGACAAUCCGACGGUCGUGAUCAUGGUCAUUUUGCUUCCCUUGAGCUACGUUUAAACUCGUACGCGGGCGUUGCACCGGAUUAA